UAUUUUCAUUCCCAGCGUGACGUCAUAGAGUCCGCCCGGCCGCGCUGACGUCACUCCUCCUCCACCCGUUGCAGCCAUGAUGCAGGAAGGGCUGGACGACGGACCCGACUUCCUCUCCGAGGAGGACCGGGGACCGCGGGCCGUCAACGUGGAUCUGCAGACGGACGCCACGCUGCAGGUCGACAUCUCCGACGCCCUCAGCGAGAGAGACAAGGUCAAGUUCACCGUCCACACCAAGAGCACGCUGCCAAACUUCAAGCAGAACGAGUUCUCGGUGGUCCGACAGCAUGAAGAGUUCAUCUGGCUGCACGACUCGUUCGUGGAGAACGAGGAAUACGCCGGAUACAUCAUCCCUCCGGCUCCUCCCAGACCAGACUUUGAUGCAUCCAGAGAGAAGCUGCAGAAGCUCGGGGAGGGGGAGGGAUCCAUGACCAAGGAGGAGUUCACCAAGAUGAAGCAGGAGCUGGAGGCAGAAUACCUGGCCAUCUUCAAGAAGACCGUGGCCAUGCACGAGGUGUUUCUGUGUCGCGUCGCCGCUCAUCCCGUCCUCAGGAAGGACCUCAACUUCCACGUGUUCCUGGAGUACAACCAGGACCUGAGCGUACGAGGGAAGAACAAGAAGGAGAAACUGGAGGAUUUCUUCAAGAACGUGGUGAAAUCUGCAGACGGCGUCCUGGUGGCCGGAGUCAAGGACGUGGACGACUUCUUUGAACACGAGAAAACGUUUCUGCUAGAAUAUCACAACAGAGUCAAAGACGCCUCGGCCAAAUCCGACAGAAUGAUCCGCUCGCACAAAAAUGCUGCUGACGACAUCAACAGAAUCGCCUCGUCUCUGUACACAUUAGGAACGCAGGACUCCACAGACCUCUGCAAGUUCUUCCUCAAAGUGUCGGAGCUGUUUGAGAAAACGAGGAAAAUUGAAGCUCGUGUGGCAGCAGAUGAAGACCUGAAACUGGCCGAUCUGCUGAAAUAUUACCUGAGAGAGUCUCAGGCUGCAAAGGACCUGCUGUACCGGAGGAGUCGGGCUCUGGUCGACUAUGAGAAUGCUAACAAGGCUCUGGACAAAGCUCGGGCCAAAAACAGAGACGUCCUGCAGGCCGAGACCAGCCAGCAGCUCUGCUGCCACAAGUUCGAGAAGAUCUCUGAGUCGGCCAAGCAGGAGCUCAUAGACUUCAAGACGAGACGAGUGGCGGCAUUCAGGAAGAACCUGGUGGAGCUGGCAGAGCUGGAGCUCAAACACGCCAAGGGGAACCUCCAGCUGCUGCAGAGCUGUCUUGGCGUCCUGAAAGGUAACACUUAACUGUACGACCCGCCCACAAGCCACUGGCCACGCCCCUUGUCUGCAGUUCCGCUCACCUCCAGCUGGACACGCCCAUCAGGGCGGGGGGGCGUCGCCUGGAAGGACGGACGAACGACAGAGAACUCUGGACCAGAGAGAGAGAACAGAGUUAAAACGGCAGAAAGUCUAAAUCACUAACAGACACAUCUUCAUCCUCCUGCUCAUCCUCCUCCCCCUCUGGGACUGGUUCUACUGGUUCCACUGGUUCCAGGAUGAGACCAGCAGCUCUUCUUACUGAGGGACGUUCAUAUUAAUCUAUAAUAAAUCAUUUUAGAUCAUAUCAGAAUAUAAUCAGAAUAUAAACGUCUCCCAGUUCAUCUCUGCUGGUCUUCAUUCUCCAAAAACCUCCAUCAUACGGUUCACUUUGUCUGUUGUUGAGACAGUAAAAACAAACUUUUGUCUGAUUAUCAGAAUAUUUUCUCACAUUUAUCAAGCAGAUUUUCUGAUUAUUUUGAUAAAAUCUUUCAGAAAUCUUAAAAACUUCUUGUAGUUCUGAGAUGUUUUUUUCUUGUAAUUCUAGACAUUUUUAUAAUUCUGAGAUCUUUUUGUCGCAGUUUCGAGUCUUUUCUCAUUUAUAAAUCUGAUUUCUCAUAACCAUUCGACAGAUUUUUCUCAUAAUUAUGAAAGAUUUCUCAUCAACAUGAGACAAAUUUCUCAAAACUAUCAGACUGUUUUUUUCUCAUAAGAUAGACUUUAUGCAAUUAUGAGACUGAUUGUCUCAUAAUUAUGAAAGAUUUCUCAUAUCAGACUGUUUUCUCUCAUAGUUAAGAGAAAUUACAACAUAGACUUCUUAUAAUUGAGGCAGUUUUUUUUCAUAAUUACAAGACAGAGUUGUCAUAUGAUAGAUUUUUUGUCAUGAGACAAAAUUCUUGUAAUUAUGAGGCUGACUUUCUUUCAUUAUUAUGACACUUUGUAGCCUUUUUCACAAUGAAAGAUUUCUCAUAAUUGUGAAAGAUUUCUCAUAAACAUGAGACUGACUUAUAAUUGAAACAGUUUUUUUCUCCUAAUUAUAAGAUAGAUUUUUGUAGUUAUGAGACUGAUUUAGGUUCAUAAUUAUGACAAAUUUCUCAUAAUUAUCAAAUUUCUCAUGACACUUUUGUUACUUGGAGAACUUUUAAAAUUUAGAUUCUCUCAUAAUUAUGAGACUUUUCUGAACGAUGAAGGAUUUCUCAUAAUUAUGGAACAAAUUUAUCAAAAUUCUAUUUUUUUUCCUGAGAAUUUCUCAUCAUUCUAAAAGUUUUCUCUCAUGUUUUUGAGAUAAUUCAGACAAACUCAAGGAUCAGCUUGUUUCAAGAGUUUUGUAGAUUUGGUGAAGUUUAUUUUCUCGGUUUGUUCAGCUGUUACAUCCUCAUCUAGUUCUAGAUUAUAACCUUGAAACAUGUUGAUUUGUUGGUUUCAACAAAAGACAAACUUCUGGAGGUUUUUGUUUUUCUGUCUCUGGUUUUAUUUUCUCCAUCCUCUCCUGUUGUCUUAUUUUGGCGGUGCUUGUGUGUCUGGGGUAGUUUUAUUGUGGCGGUGUGCUGCUGCUCUGGGUCCCGUUCUUAUUAAAGUGUAAUUUCACCAGUAAAUGAAAAGACAGCCUUGUACAUGUUUGUAUUAGUUCCCUAACCGACGCUAACCUUCCUCCUGCCGCUCAUCUUCAUCUUCAUCACUAACUGUAGCUUCUUUUCUCCUCCGUCACUCGUUUCUUUGUCAUUCCAGUCGAUGGUGGAGCUUCAGUCUGUUUGCCUUAACGUUGAUCAGUCGCUCCGUUUGAUUUAUUGUAAAGAAAAUCGUUUAAGAAAUCACCGAAUGAAAGCAGUUUUUUGUUCCCGUUCUUUUUUAAAGUGCACUGUAUACGAAUGUUUUUCACUCUUAUGUGACCAAAGCUUCCAUUUGCUGAUUCAACAUGGAGACGUGAUGAAACAGAAAAAGAAGAAUAAAAGUGAUGGUUCUGAAAAUUCACAACAUUUUAGUUGUUUCAACUUCAGCAGGUCUGUAAUCCACCCUGGUCAUACUGAGAUCAAUAAAACUCUACGGACACUUUUCUUACAAA